CGCAGCGCCGCUUCCUUGCCCUGCCAAACGUCAUUUGCUGACCUCGUUAUAACUGACAUUUAUUUACAAGAUGUGGAGGCAGCGUGUACCCUCCGAGGGACGCGAGCAAAUGCCUUGGGAUUUCCCUGCGAGAAACGAGCAAAGGGGCCGCCGAGAAGGAACUCUGGCUUUGGAGGACCUUCACAGAAAGCUGCAGCGGGAGACGGAGGAUCUGUUUCGGUGGAAGGCUUCGACUGAGAUGACCACGAGGCAGCUCGAGCGACAGCUGAACGAGGCUCAAGUGACCAUGGCAGACCAGCGGCGAAAUCUGAUGGAGCUGCAGCUGAACUCAGAGAACCUCUCCCAGAGCCUAAUCAAGGAGCGCAAAGAGAGGGACUUGAUCGCUGCCAAAGUGAUGCACACUCGCCAACUGUCCCUCGCACUUACACAGCAGAAAGAAAAUCUUGCGGGUAUCUUAUCACUUUUUCAGCAGGAAAAGGACCUGCUAAGUGCUGCACACGGUGAUACGGUCGAGAAGAUAAAUGAACUAACAGAUGGGCUCCGUGAUCUUUGUGUGGCACACAGGCAGCAAGUGGGCAGCAUUAAAGCUCAAGCUGAGGAAGAAGUAAGGCAGCUACAGAAGGAAAUCGUGUCUAAGAAGCAAGAACUGAACGAAUCAAAGGCCUCACUUUCAGUCCUCGCCCAACAUCAUUCCGAGUACGAAAAGAAAGUCACAGAGCUGACGGAGCUCCUGAAGACCACAGAAGAAAGUUUCUCGAUCGCUCGAGAGAAGAAUAUAGUUCUCACAUCGGAAAUAGAUGAGGUUAAAAACUCUUUAGAGAGUGUUCGGGCGGAAAUGGAGGAGCAAAUGCGAGCAUCGACGGCACAACUGACCAAACUGAAGGAGGAAUUAAAAGAAGAAAAGUAUCGCCGAGCUGAGAGCCAAAAAGAAUUCGAGGAAGCGGUAGGUAAGAUACAGUACCUGAAGAAAGCGAACGACACACUGGAGGGCAGCAAAGCCGAGAUCCUGGAUAAACUCGAGGCUGUGGUAACUCGAAAACAAGAACUGGAGAAGGACCUCCAGCACGGCAGUAGCAUGAUGGCAGCCUUACGGGCAGAGGUGACGCAAAAAGUCAAAUUCUUAUCCCAGUGUCUUGGGGAAGUGCAGACGAAGUUCUCACACUUGGAAUCGGAUUUUAAAGCCGUGCAAACGGAGAAACAGUCGCUUGUUGCUCAGCUGGAUGAAGCAAAAGGACUUUUACACGAAGAACGACAGCUCGUUUGUCAUCAGAAGGAAAAGUGGCGUUGGAAUGCGGAAACUGAGCGGAAAUACUAA